AUGACACACGUCAACCUCCUCGUCUAUCUGCUGAUGUGCCCCUUCAAUGUAAGGCACAUGCUCGAUGCACCCAGCUUCCCAUUCCGGUUAGGAAGCAAAAUAGCAAAGGGUGAAACAUUUAUGUAUGGAGAGACUGGAAGAGAAAACCUGAGAAGCUACUCUCCCCGAUAUGAUGAAAUGUACAUGUUCGAGCUAGCUAAAAUAUACUACCAAAUUGUAUUAAAAUAUAAGAAGAAUAUUAGACAAGGACAGGAAGAGAAUUAUGAUUUGGUGGUAAGUUCGUUUGAGAAGGAAGCCAACAUGAUGGGUAUCUCCCUCCAAACAGUUCGCGUCACAACUGAUUUCGUUUAUCUCUUAUACCAGAAUGUGCAAAAUGAAAAUGAGAUUGAAGUUAAGGUAAAAAAGGGGGGUGAAAUAUCUACCUAUAUGGACCUCCUAAGUGUGGAGUCUUGUUUGUACAAGCUCAACGCAGAUGAUUAUAAUUUAAUGAAAAGAGUAUCAGAUCAUAGCAAGCCAAUAAUGAUCAGCACCUACCACAUAUAUAUACUGCUAACCGUGUUUUCUCUUUGCACUUAUGUGGAGAAGAGUUUACUAAUUGAAUUUCCAGCGUUGAAAAAGUAUCACAUAUUUGUAACCCUAUGUUUGGUGUUUUGCCCAAUAAUUAGUUACCUCUUUUUUUUUUAUAUUUAUAUGAGCAUAUUUAGAGUGUUACUUAUUUAUGUGCUUUUUUACGCACUCUUUUGGACCCUCUUUGGUAGAAGGGGAGGGGAAAGGGUGGGUAAGCAAUCGGGUUAUUCAAUAAAGCAACGUGAUAAUAACCCACAGGAACAAUUACACACACAAGAAGAAAGACGAAGAAAGUGCUUGGUCCAUAUGAGAUUAGCUAACUUAUGCAUUACUUACAUUUGUAUAUUUGCAGUGGACUUUUAUUUUUUCCCAAGGCAAUUUUCCAAGUCGUUUUUUUAUGGUAACACGUUGAUGGACUUAGGGGUCGGGGGAUGCAUCACAUCGAGUGCAUAUUCUUUAAACAGUAACAAGCUGCUCCUUCACUCUGGCAAUUGCAAGGGACGCAUAAUCGAUUGGAAGUAUUUCAUUUUGUUUUGCUUAGGAAUAGCUAGGUACAUUGCAGUGAAAUUAUUUAAUUAUAACUACAGCUUAACUGAGUAUGGGAUGCACUGGAAUUUUUUUCUUACGCUCUUUUUUACACUCCUAAUUUGUAACGCCUUACUUACGUUGAUAAAAGGGGUUAGAAAGAUCUUUCUCCUUAGCUGUGUUGGUAUCUUUGUGUAUGAAUUUUUUAUUUGGCACCUAGACAUUACGAGUUACUUACUGGCAGACGAUACAGAACGGACCCACUUUUUUUCUUUGAACAGAGAGGGCCUUAUGAACGUCAUUGGGUCUAUCAAUCUGUACCUCUUUUCCUUUUCGCUAUGGAAUGGGUAUGUGCUGAAGGAUGAGGUGCAGAAUGGGAAGAAAGGACAAUGGGAGGGAUAUGGCCAGCUCUCCCCAAUUUACCUCACCCUGAAGUUGUUUGCCAUGUCCCUCCUGUUCCACCUACUGCACCUCCUUUUGAAUUACUACCACAACUACAGUGUACGCAUUUUGUGCAACGCAAACUAUAUAUGCGUUGUCUCCUCUGUGAGUCUCUUCGCGGCUGCCCUGAGCUACCUUGUAGAGGCAGUACUGCUACGGGAAAAAACCACCACCAUCCCAGUUAUGCAAAAAAUGAAUAGGCACACCCUCGCAGUGUUCCUCUUUUGCAACAUAACCAUGGGUACUUUCAACCUCCUGUUUCAGUCCCUUUUGUUUCCUCUAUUUUUUGCAUGCAUCAUUUUGGUGGUGUACUCAUAUGGUAUGUUGCUCUUCGCGUCCCUGUUGCCUGGCCCCGCGGACAGGCAGAAGCAAGACAAGCAGAAGCGUGACUAG